ACAAAUCGAUAGCGUCUUAUUUGGUUCUAUUUAUAUUUGAAACAUAUAAAAGCUCUUAUAAUAUGACCUCGAGAUCAUAAUAAGAUAUUAGGUCGUGGACUUGGUAAGGAACAAUGGGACUACAACAAGCUUCGUCUUUUUUUGUCAGCAGCGAAAAUGAAACAUUAAAAUCGCAAAAUGCACGAAAUGGAAGAAACCCUGGAAUUGUUUACCGUUUAUCAAAAGUCUUUUCCGUCAAGAAAGGCAGGAUUAAGGGCAUUAGUAAGAAGGCACUGCAGCAAAAAGUCAAAGAAUAUGGCAACAGAUUAGAAGAGCUAGAAGCUGUAAUUCAAGAUAAAGAAGAACAAAUAAAGCUUUUGCAGAAUGAAUUGUGCGGUUAUAGCAAAGAUUUGACUGUUAAUAUAACUGGAAGAAAUAUUAUCAUAGGGAAUGAAAAUAAUCAGAUAGAUACGGACGGAGAUACUUAUAAACUAAAGGACAAAUUAAACUCCCUGAUACAAAAACAUAAUGACGAAUUCAAUGAUGUGACAAAAAGACAUGCAGAACUUAAAUGGAGAAUGGAAUUAACUGAGAGUCUUUUUUCCAACAUUGAUGCCAAGUUAGAGCUGAUACUGUGUACAGAUGACUCAAACAUGAAAGUGCUUAUAGAAAAGAUAACCGAAGUGAAAAGUCUUGUUACCAAAGUAAAACAGGACACAAUUACAGAUGAGUUCAUUCAAGAAGCAGCUGAUACUAUGAAAUACAAAACUUCAGAUACAGUGGUUCCUAAGUUAGUGAGAGAGUUAGCAAAAUGUCUGGCUGUAAAAUAUGCGGAACGACCUGAAAAGUUAUAUGGUGCCUUUGGCGAAAUUGGUAAUCAUCCGUUAGGGGAGAUACCUACAUCAGCAGGACUUGCUCGUGCUUGUACUCACUGGUUGGAGCUCUGGAUGAAAAACAAGACAUCUAUGGACCUUGUUCACAAACUUAGAGACCUAGAGGAGAGUGUCAUACAUGAGGAAGCUGAAAAUCUGAGAGCAAAGGUACAACAGAGAGAAAAGAGAUGGCUAUGUACCUCUUCAAAUGAGACUACCAGUGAUACAAAUUCUGAUCGCGGAUUGAUCUGGGUUGAAUGUUCAAACGACGAUAAAAGUAACAGAUCAGUUUACUUCCAGAACAUUGUCAAUGGCUAAAUUGGAAAUGAAGGAGUUAUCAGACACAGCUCAGAACACUUGCCAAAUGUCAGAUACUUUCUCAUAACCAAACAUUUGUUUGUCGUUAUUUCUGCUUUUAAAAACAUUUGUAAUUUUCAGCUUGAUUCAAGGAAGAUUAGGUUUGAAUUUAGUCUUCGCUCACUUCUUCGAUGUUUUAUGUACGAAAUCAAACUUCAAAUACUACAGACCUACAACCAGGUUACUUGGGUCUAAAGGUGCAAAAUUAAGGAUAUAAAAACAUCCACGAUUAGGGAGACAUCAUCGCCAAUAUUUCACAUAUCACUGAUUUGUAUUAUGAUUUAGUGACACACAUUUUGAUCCUUUCACUGCAAUAACUGGCUGCAUUUAUUAUAAUUAUAUUAAUUGUCAUUUAAACAUUUAAAAUGUUUGUGGCAAUACAUAUUCAAACAAACAAUAAACAACAAAAUAAAAAAACAAAAUAAUAUACCAAUCUAGACACAAGUGAUAAAUUUAUAAUAUUACAUUAUUCAAUAUUCAUGUUACAAUAAGACCUCUGUCCUCAGUUCUAAUGACCUUUUGAUAAAGAAGCUAACAAUACCAACACGUCUAAAUGAAGCGGGGUUUAAUAUACAAAAUAGAUUUUGAUUUUCAGGUAAAUGAAUAGAAAUGUUACUCAUCUAAUUGUAUAUCAUUAUAUAAAUUUUGUCUGAUAUUUUCGUUUACCUUGCAAUGGAGAAUAAAAUAAAUUCAACCUUCGAUGACUUUGCAGGUUUUACACAGUCUUUGUUCUCGAGUAAUUUUAAUGUAACGACCACUUUCUUUUUCAAGACCAUGGUCACUUAUACGAAGCUUAGUAAAAAUAUUUCUGAUAGAAAAAUCUUUAAACAAAAAGUGAAAAUUUGCUUCAAGUGAAGGUGAAUUGGUUAUCAAAGGUACCAGGAUUAUAAUUUAGUAGUUGUUAUACAGAAAAAGUUUGCUACUUUCGUCAUUUUUUACUAUUUUACCUUUAUAUAAAUCUUUAUAAUAGUCAUUGACUAUAUUUUUAAUUUCUGAUUUUAAAUAUAUAAAAUUAUUAUAUAAGGUUCAUUUGAUGCAAACUAAGUAGUAGUUGUAUAUUAUCAUUGUUUUAACAUUAUAGUUAUAAAUCAGACCACUGCUAAAAUGUAGCAAAAUUGUAAUACUUGUAAUACUUAUAAUGUGCUUGUCAUAAAUUCAAUAGUUAUAUUUGUUUAAUGUGUAUGCAAUGACUUUAAUUUAUUCUUUGUGUGCUUAUAUGCAUUCGAUCACAGUUUCCCGAGAACUGGCAUACAGACACACUUGUAUAUGUAGAGCGUAAGGUUCGUCAUAAAAGAACAAUUAUCAUUUAUAUAUGUACAUUGACUUUUUCCAUGUUUUGUUUACCUUGAGAUUUAAUAAACCUUAUAUAAAUACAUGUAUGUACAUACUUGAUAACUACAUGAUUG